AUGACCCCGGACCAGCAGGCCGCCCUCGACCAGCUGUCCGCUAUCACGGCAGCAGCCACCGAGGCAGAAAGGGACAGGGACGAACGUCUCCUCCGCAAGAACGGCUGGAACGUAGAGGCGACGGUCAAUGAGAUAUUCACCGGCGGCGGCCAGAUGCCCAACCCCAGCGAGACGCUGAAGGUCGAGACUGAGUCGUCGACUUUCGCGCCGGCAGACGGGGAUAUGGCGCCGCGGAGGCGUUUGUCGGGCACUGCAGUUCCCGUGACCGCGCGACGCCAAGCCUCUGUCGGACUCGGCCUUUGGGAGACAAUCGUCUGGCCAUUCUCCGUUCUGGCUUCCAUUCUGACGGGUACAUGGUACUUCUUCAUUCGUACCUUUGUACCGCUUUCGCUCCUUCCUCAUCUGCCCCGAUUCUUGCUUCCCCCGCCGUCUCGAGCACCUCCGACUGGUCCCCGGGAUCCGACAACGUCUUCGCUGCGCUUUGUCCGUGACCUCGAGACUCUGACUGGCGGAUCAUCGGCUACAGGCAACCUCCCCGACUUCUUCAUCGGCCCGUACCGCGAGUUCCUCGCCGAGGUGCGCAAGCAGGGCAAGGUCGGCGCUGUCGUUCUGGUCAGCUCGGAGCACGAGAACGACGAGGAGUUCAAGCGCGACGUAUUGUCUGACCCCGAGUUUGUCAAGUGUUUGAAGGACAAUGACAUUCUGGUUUGGGGAGCGGACAUCUCGUCACGCGAGGGCUACAUGGUUGCCCAGACGCUUCUCACAACGACGUACCCGAGCAUCACGUUCGCCUCGCUUCUUCCCCCGGCUUCGUCCUCUGUCUCCGGCAGCACGUCCCCGCGUCUCACGAUUCUCACGACCGUCGCCGGCCCGCCGUCAACUGUCACAAACACCGCCAGCUUCAUACAGGUCAUCUCGACGCAAAUCCUUCCGCGCACCAACGCCUUCCUGCAGCGGCUGCGGCGCGAGCGCCUGCGACUCGAGGAGGCGCGGCAUUUGCGUGAGGAGCAAGACCGCGCUUUCCGCGAGGCAGAGCGGAAGGACAGGGAGCGACUGGACGCUCAGCGGCAACAACGCGAGCUGGAGCGUGUGCAGCGGGAACGUGCCGAGCGCGAGGCAGAAGCCAAGGCGAAGGCGAUCGAGGACCGACAGCAGUGGCGGCGGUAUGCGCGCAAGCACCUGCUUCCUCCGAACGAGGGAUCUGUCCGCGUCGCUGUGCGCACACCAUUAAGUGCCGAGCGACACGUUCGCGCCUUCACGCCCGGCCCGAGCACGCUCCCGCUGUUCGUGUACGCCGAGACGCUCCUGAUCCCACCCGAGGACAGCCCAGACAGCGAUCCCGACUCCCCGCCCGAAGGGUACGAGCACGCCUGGGACUUCAGGCUCGUUACGCACUUCCCUCGCCGCACCGUGGAGAUGACAGAGGUCGGCGGCGAGGAGGUGUGGAGCAUGGUCAAGUCGGCUGGCGGCGCGCUGUUCGCGGAGAAGAUUGAGGGCAGUGCGUGGGGAGACGCGGAGAAGGCGAGCACAGCGGGAGACAGCAGCGACGAGGAGAUCCUGAGCGACUCGGACUGA